UUGCGCGGCCCGGGCCGGAAGUCCUCGAGUUCCCGGGUGUGUGUCUGUGUCUGUGUCUCGCGGCGGUACGCCGCCGCGGUCAAGCUCCUAGGGGGUCGGCGUCUGGAGCGUCACCUCUGUCACUGCCGCCACCACACCGAGUCACUUCUAGAGGGACCGAGGCCCGGCCCUUCGCCGGGUGGAGAAGAUGUUGCCCCUGUCCAUCAAGGAUGAUGAAUACAAACCACCCAAAUUCAAUCUGUUUGGCAAGAUCUCAGGCUGGUUUAGGUCCAUCCUGUCGGACAAGACAUCUCGGAACCUGUUUUUCUUCCUGUGCCUGAACCUCUCUUUCGCUUUUGUGGAACUACUCUACGGCAUCUGGAGCAACUGCCUAGGCUUGAUCUCCGACUCUUUCCACAUGUUUUUUGACAGUACUGCCAUAUUGGCCGGAUUGGCAGCUUCUGUUAUUUCAAAGUGGAGAGAUAAUGAUGCUUUCUCUUAUGGGUAUGUUAGAGCAGAAGUUCUGGCUGGCUUUGUCAAUGGGCUGUUUUUGAUCUUCACUGCUUUCUUUAUUUUCUCAGAAGGAGUUGAGAGGGCAUUGGCCCCCCCAGAUGUGCACCACGAGAGACUGUUGCUUGUUUCAAUUCUUGGAUUUGUGGUAAACCUAGUGGGAAUAUUUGUUUUCAAUCAUGGAGGUCAUGGACAUUCUCAUGGCUCUGGCUCUGGUCAUGGACACAGUCACUCCCUCUUUAAUGGUGCUCUAGAUCAUACCCAUGGCCAUGAAGAUCAUUGCCAUAGUCAUGAAGCCAAACAUGGAGCUGCACACAGCCAUGACCAUGCUCAUGGACACGGACACUUCCAUUCUCACGAUGGCCCAUCCUUCAAAGAAACGACAGGACCCAGCAGACAGAUUUUACAAGGUGUAUUUUUACACAUUCUAGCAGAUACACUUGGGAGUAUUGGUGUAAUUGCCUCUGCCAUCAUGAUGCAAAAUUUUGGGUUGAUGAUAGCAGAUCCUAUCUGUUCGAUUCUUAUAGCCAUUCUUAUAGUUGUAAGUGUUAUUCCUCUUUUAAGAGAGUCUGUUGGAAUAUUAAUGCAAAGAACUCCUCCCUCGUUGGAAAAUAUACUUCCCCAGUGCUAUCAGAGGGUGCAACAGUUACAAGGAGUUUACAGCUUACAAGAACAGCACUUCUGGACGCUCUGUUCUGAUGUUUACGUUGGGACCUUGAAGCUCAUAGUCGCCCCUGAUGCUGAUGCCAGGUGGAUCUUAAGCCAAACACAUAAUAUUUUCACUCAGGCUGGAGUGAGGCAGCUUUAUGUACAGAUUGACUUUGCAGCUAUGUAGUCAAUGAAAAGAAACUGUUUGAGGACCAAAAUUUUCCAGUACUGUACAAUCCAAAGCAUUGUACUACCCAGUGCUCUAAAAUAGGGAUGUCGUCUCUACAACUCGGAAGCACCAAGUAGUGCAGGUAGCAUCCGCGUAUGCUGGGGACCACAGCUGGAUCCUGCCUAGACUGUGGCCUUGUGUGCUCUUCCCUCCAAGCCAUUCUGAUUGCUAAGGUUUCUGGGUUUGUUCUAGGGUGUUGGGUUGUCUUCUUUUUCCCCUGGGGGUUCUUGCUGAUCACCUUCAGCCCAUCCUAUCAUCACACCAAGCUAGUGAGAAAUUCAAACCGUGGGCCGCCACGCUUCCUAAUGUCUUCACUAAAGCUGCUGGAAACCACUGCUUUUAUCCCCACAAAACCAGUGUUGUUUUAACAAGCAGAAGUCUGUUUUCUAUGUAAUGUCAGUGUUGACAUUCUUCAGUGUAAUCAUACGUUUGUAAAAUUGUUUGUACCUUGCAAACUUAUGAACCAAACCAUAUUGGGUUUUCAAAGUGCCUUUGUAUCCGAAAAUAUAUUUGCCAGCACAGAAAUGUACCAUCAAAGGUCAGGUCAUAUGUAUGUUUUUUUUAAAAUGGAUAUUCUACAAUUUGUACAAAAUAAGACUUGCUAGUAACAUAUAUAACUGUCUUUUGCGUAUUUCCAGCAUAGGUUUAACUAUAUUAAAUUUCUUGUCUUGUGAAAAAGGACAUUAUUUUGCUUUAUAAAAAAUUCAGUGAUCACAUUAAGAUACUUUGUAGAUCACUUUCAAAAGUGUAGAUACACUAGAAAAAAAACUCAUCUAGACCAAAAAAAAUCUGCUCUAUUUCAGAUUCUAUAAACUCUUGGCCUGUGUGGUAAAUCUUCCAGUAGCUCUCCUUGCCAUUUUUACAGAUUCUGUUAAUGAUGAGAGAAAGCACCACAGAGUUGGCAGAAAGAGCAGUGGCAGUGACAUUUUACAUCUUCAUAUUUUUUUGUCAGGUGCCAAGCAGUACAGUUUCUUUUUCUAGUUUUGUUUGCACAAAUACAAAUUACUUCCAGGAAUUCUAGGGCAGCAUUUGAUUGAGUGUGAACUGUUACCACUAUGGAGCAAAUGUGGUGAUAUAGAAUUCUUCCUAAAAUUGGAGUCUUAUAAAUAGUUGAUUUUCUAGGGUCUUGAGUACGAGAAAAAUAAAAUUGUGAUGGACAUGAUGUUGCACACUACUCCCAGCACUCAGUAGGCAGAGGCAAGCAGAUCUCUUGAGUUCAAGGCCAUCUUGGUUUUCCAGGACAGCCAGAGCUACAUAGAGAGACCGUGUCUUAAAUUAUAAAUAAACUGUAAUUUGAAAUGACAGGUGCUUAAUACUCAAGUACUCUUGGUGUUUUCUUUGGGUGUACAUUUUCCCAUUAUACUUCAUUUAUCCCUACAAAUAUUCCCUUUAGUUUAAGUAAGUUGUAUUGUUAAGCAGAAUUUUCAAAACCUUGAAAGGCAAAAAUUAAGAGUGUAGAUCAGUGACAGACACUUUAUUCGUAAGGGGGCAGAAUUUACUGUUAAUUUUUGCCUGAGCUUCUGAGUGCUUUUUCUCCUACUUCUGACUACAGCCUAUAUGAAGAGAGCUGUACCAGUCUCAGCUGCAACAGAAUACCAUACAAUGUCUGUGGUACCCUUUUAUAAAUCAAGUGGGAUUUCAAAACCUGUCUGCUUUCCGCCAGGCUGCAGUAGAUUGGGUUUGAUUGAUAAAGUGCCAUAGUCUUUCAGGAGGAAAAGUAAAAAUGGUGAUGUCCUGGCCCCCGAGCUGCUUCUUCAACUCCGUGUGGAGUAGCUAAGUCUGACAGACCCCAGUGGGUAGGGGAAUACUUCUGGAAAUGACAGGUCUAGAUAAAGGCACAGACUCGGAUGUGGUCACCUAAUCCUGGUGACUCCAUCGGAACUGUGUAUGUGGAGUCAACUUAGGUGGUUCUAAGAUUUACCAAAUCUGCUUUCCACUGGGCCCUUAAUUCCACAUGGAAUUUUUGUCCAAAUGGAUCAUUCUGUGUAUCUAGACCCUGAGUGCACCAGCGCAAGAAUGUUGCUUUUUCCUUUGAUGUGGCAUAAAAUAUGUUUGAUAUGAAACUAAUUUUGCACUUUGUUCCAAGAGUUUUCAAGCUCAUAACAUUUAGCAGGUUGGCAUUUCCUUUUUGCUUUAAUUAAAUGUUUGCAGACCUGUGUGUCAAAAAAAAAAAAAAAAAAAAAAAAAAAAAAAAAUGUGAGCAGAAACUACUUUUUAUAGAAAAAAAGCUUGUCUUCUAGUGUUCUUGAUGCAGGCUAAUACUAACCAAUGGUCCUAUGAAGAAAUACUACCUGGUAAUGGUAAUAAAAUUUAUUUAAAAUAUUCCUAACGUUAGGCUAAUAUUCUUAAAAAAAAAAAAAAAAAAAGUCAAGGCCAAUCUGAGUGUAAAUUUGCCAAUCUAUGAAUAACCAAAGUGUUUUCCUCUGAAUAAUAAACCUACUUUGUUCAGGGAAAGUUUACCUUACCAGACAAACAUCCCCAACGAGGUGUAUUUUAAAAAUUCUUUGUAUUAGUUGGUGAAGAACUUGGCCGAAGUACACCUUCCUCAUUUUGGAAACUCUCUGUAUGUCUUUCUGAAGGACAGUAUCUGGUUAUGUAUAGGUUAGUGUUCCUCUACUGUCAUCCACCCCCUUUUGUAGUGGAGGUGUAAGAUCAUGGCAACAGAUGUCAUUUUGAUGUUCCUUUAUCUAGAGUCUUCAAAGCCUACACAUAUAUACUGGUAACCAAAAUACUGUGACUUCUGUGUACCUCUAUCAAGCAGCCAAAUCAGUACCCUGAAAUGUAGCCGAUCAGAACUCUCAUGUUUUUACAGAUAGUAACAUGGGAACCAACCUGGUAUAGAAUGCUGGGAUUUAAGAAUAGCGCAUUAUUUACUGUAGAAUUCCACACCUAAGCAAAGACUGUGCUGGGAGCAGUCUGUUUCUACCUCUCAUGUUCAGAUGAGAAACCUGAGGUCCAGAAAAGCGUCAUUUCCUUAAGGUUACAGGGAUGAGUGGUGGCGAAGCCAAUGCUCAAUGGUGAUUAUCCAAUGCCCACUUGCGAGUUCUGUACACUGUACUGUGCUGCUUCCCUGUGUGGCGUUGCCCUUCUGUAAAUGUGACUAAAUAUGGCUUGUAAAUAAAGAACUCUGACCUCUAGUUUUGGUACAUGAAGGCACUUUACAAAUGGAAUGUUGUCUCACUUUUCAUAUAUAAUUGUGAAGUUUAUAUUAUUUCCAUAGUGUUUGUUGCAGAAUACAUUAUAAUGAUUAUUUUUUAUUCUUCCAAACCCAACUCUUGACUUGAAAAAAGAAAACAUUUACUUUAGAUACUUUUAACUUGUGAAUUUUUAUUAAUUGCCCAAGGCUCGGUCCAGUUUAAUGCUGGGUCACUUUCCUAAUUUUGCUUAUAUACUGGAAACUGGUUCCUUUUAGAUAGCAGGCUGAUUCAUGGGUCAUGCAUUUUUCAGCCCUGCCUGCCAUGUUCUUUUUCAGUCCCUGGAGAGCAUUUUUCCUUUAAAAGAUUCUCAAAGCAGUGUAAAUGGGACAGUAAAUAUAUGGAACACAUUUUUUAAAUCUUAAUCAGGACUACAAAUACUAGUCCACUGCUUUUGACUCUUCGUAAAUGUUUUACCUUGGCCAAGUUAAGGUCUUUUUGUUUGUUUGUUUGUUUGUUUUACAAAGAGUCACCACUGUUGAAACACAUUAUUUUCUAAUUCAUAAGAAUCUUGGGGAGGGGCCUUUCAUUCUCUGAAGAACAUUCAUUAAAUGUUCUGUGAAAGAUGCUCAAGAUACUAUUUACAGAGGCCUCUUUAUUGAUUCAGAUCUCUACCACAGAAACAAGACACUGAAAAAUCGUUCAUCAAGGAAAGUGUUUGCAGAAACAUAGCAGAGAGGUGUAACUCCAUUUAAAGGCCAACUUGGGCAAGACUUUUUUGAUGAGCUCAUCUUGGUUUUGUGUUCAGCUUCAGGCAUUUCCUAACUGCAGAUAACACAGAAAACAAGGUAGAUAACCUCUGCUAAGUAUGUAACCGGGCACUUGGUGACUUUUCUCAUGUUCCCACAUCUAGUUCUCACAUUUUUAUAAAGAGAAGGUUGCAUGGUUUUAUGAUUGACAGCAUCUUAAAAUUUCAUCCAUGAUCCUUAUAGCAUGAGGGGGUCCUUAUCUGGGGACAGUCUGUGCUACAGCAGCAACUCCGUCUUUUCUGAUGACUGUUUUUAUAAGGCCCAAGAACUUGUAGCACACCUAUGUAGACUCCUGGAAAAUCAGUGAACACUCAAGGUGCCGUUGCUAUGGGAACAUUUACAAACUGCCUCUGGCCUGUUUCCUCUUAUGCUCUAUAUGUCUGCUUCAUAACUUGGCCACGGAUCGAAAGCCGCACUGGGGAAGUGGCACUAGAACUUCCUGAGUAUUUACAAGCUGUUAGAAAGUUUCAUUGGAAGUCAUGGCGGAGCUGUUCACUGUGCCUGCGAACUCUGUUCCAGCAUGAGUGCCUGCCUCAAGAACAUCACUGGGGAGUCUUUUGCCAAAAGCACACCCCAGUUUUCAGAAGUGUGAAGUGGUCUCUGAUUUACACACUACAUUUUGCACAAACUUUUUUCAAUAUAAAAAGUCUGUUUCAUGAAUAGAAACCUGAGCUUCCACCAGAGCUUUGAAUACGAAUUUGGAAUUUUGACUGUUCUAUUGUAAAGCAUAACAAACUGAAAGAAGUCUUCUAUGUCCUUCUCUGCUUUGAUUCAGUGGGUUUAUGCCUACAGGGUCAUGAAUAUUUGUUACCAGUAACUCUUCAACUGCAGCAGACACAAGCUGAAGGGCAGGGACAGGAGGAAGCUGAGACUCACUGCAGAAAACGUCUCGGAGUUCUGGUAUUUCUGUCCAGGCUGGAUUUCUAUCCGUUCUGUCCAUUUCUCCCCAGCUAGUCUGGGAGUCGCUCAAUCUCUGCUUUCUAGUCUCCAUGUCGUUGGGGAUUUGGUAGAACUGAGACUAUACGCUAUGGCCUUCUGCACUACACAGCCACAAUGGGGAUUGUGUCACAUCCUGUGUUUUGGUGGAGAAUUGCCAUAUUGCCUUUUAAGGACUGUCUCUACACCCCCCCCAAAUAUUUUGUCAUCCAAAACACUUUCGGAGAGAUUGCUUAAAGGUGUUUCUAAUGAAAACACCAUGUGUAUUAAAUGAUCUAAAUGUCCCUAGAAUAAACUUAACCAUUUUUGUCUUGUUUCUCCUCAAAUAUUUUUUGUACAUUUUCUCCCCUAAUUCAGACAUAAUGUGACUGAAAAUUUGCCAGAUCCCUUCUUCAUACUUUCUGAACAUGCCCACACUUUACUUUCCUGCUCUUAAUGGUUUUAAACAUGGCUAAGUCUCGAUUGGAGGUUGAUGCCUUUGAUGAAGAUGGUAGCACCAAAACAUUUCUACAAAUGUUUAUAUACAAGGCCAGGUAGGAAUGUCACAUAUAAGCAACCUGGAUGGUUUGAAAAUGCUGCAGUGACCAAUUAUGACUUACCCAAGUGCACUACAACAGAUCACAAUGUAUGUAUCUUUCACGUUUUUUACUCGCAUAUGUUCACAUACAUAUUUUGUUUAACCACAAUGUAUUUUAAAAUGAUCAUAUGCAGCUGUAUUAAAAUUUUGUUUUCAAUUAAAUUUCUGUUUAAAAAUC